AUGUGCCAUAGAUUCAAGUCCAGGUGGCUGACGUGCAUCGGCGCAAACGCUAUUAGAGACGCAAAGAUUAUUGAGCGGAACACAUUCUAUUCGGGAGCUGCCGUCGUCAGAACGCGGGGCCGGUACUUCGUAAGGACCGGUGAAUCUGGAAAUGUCGGCAUCAAGGGCGUGGGCAAAUGUUGGUAUGUGAUUGCUGCAAAAGAUGAAAGGAAGAAAAGGAGAGAUGGAGAGGACCGACGGCUUGACAUGCGUAAGGAUCGUGCCUUCUUUGACGGAAUCUCAAUGUCCAAAACGGAAGGCGCAAAAAGCACCUUCCUCGAAAACUACUUCCGGCUAGAACGGAAAGAACGUUCACGAGAUGCAUAUGCACGGACAGAAGGCAGCUUCCUUGAAAGGAAGGACUAA